AUGGACGUGCUAGGAAGCAUUACUCCUCUUUUCACUCCAAAUCCAAGAAUACGACUGAUACAAUUGAUUGGUUUUUGUGCAUCUCUUAUUACUUUUUUGUAUUCCCACGUUCCUUUGAUACAAUUCGAUCCUUGUAAGGCCAAAUCUCAAUUUUUGGAAAGCCUUCGAUGGCUUUCUUAUGAGAACAUAAAUUAUAUUGGGUAUAGACGAUAUUUCUUUAUUCUUCGUGAUAUUAACCACCAUUUUUAUAACUGUUUGUAUUUUAGUGGGUUGGUAUGGUAUGAGAAGUUAUGA